CAAACUAUAGGGACUAGAAAUACCAAAACACAAAAGUACGGGUAGUAGAAAACAAGCUCAACAUGGUCAGCGGAGAACUGAGAGAAGUUUAUCAUCAUUUCGAGCCAGCCAAACAAAGACCUAAAAACACAGCAAACAUCCCCUCUUUCCUCUCCCAGAUCUCCCAACCGAUUGCCGUCGUCUUCGUCCAACCUGGUUCUCGUCUCUGCCGUCCGCUGCUCGCUCUUCAACGAUCUCCGGUUCGAUUAGCUUGAUCGGAAAUUGGCGGGAAUGAAAAAGUUCCGUCUUGUUUAGUCCCAGAGCCGCAGCCUGAAUAAACCUGCCGGGAAUCGUCAUGUGGAGAAACUCUGCAAGUCGCUCCUCCAAGCUCAUCUGGAACGGCUAUGCACUAUCACCGUCUUCUCUUUCCACUCUCAGGAGCUCCCGUUCUGUACCGAAUUCCGUUUUCCCAUUAUCGUCCGUUCCCGCCGUCGCUUCCCCUUCUCAUUCGCCUUCGGAUCCUUCAAAAUUAGGGUUUCUGCCGGGGAGAUCAGAUGGAAUCCGAGCUCUAUCCUCAGUUCCGUCUCCUGCCGCUGUUGAUAUCCCUUCGUUGACAUAUGGAGUUCAAUUGGCUCGUCACUACGGCCAAUGCUUCUGGGAGCUCUCCAAAGCUCGGCUCAGUAUGCUGGUCGUUGCAACUUCUGGGACGGGUUAUGUUCUAGGAAGUGGGAGUGCAGUGGAUUUCGCGGGACUUUGUUGGACUUGUGCUGGUACAAUGAUGGUUGCAGCUUCUGCCAACUCGUUGAAUCAGGUCUUUGAGAUCAAGAAUGAUGCCUUGAUGAAAAGGACAAGAAAUAGGCCGCUUCCUUCCGGGCGUAUGUCAGUUCCCCAGGCAGUGGCUUUUGCAUCUUCAGUUGGCUUGGCUGGGACUGCUAUGUUAGCAUGCAAGACUAAUAUGAUGGCGGCAGGGUUAGCAGCAUCCAACCUGGUCUUAUAUGCAUUUGUCUACACCCCAUUGAAACAGAUCCACCCUGUCAACACGUGGGUUGGAGCAGUUGUUGGUGCCAUUCCACCGCUUCUGGGGUGGGCUGCUGCUUCUGGUGGUCAGAUUUCCCUCAAUUCAAUGAUUCUUCCAGCUGCACUCUACUUUUGGCAAAUCCCCCAUUUCAUGGCACUUGCAUAUAUGUGUCGCCACGACUAUGCUGCUGGAGGGUAGGUACAUAGCCGAUGUCCACUUACGGAUGGAUGUAUUUUUCUAGGUUGAGAAAUGUGAAUUGAAUAAGAUAAGGAAAUGGCCAUGUUAGUUGCAUCUGCAAGAAUCAAGGUGGCCAGAUUCCCUGGUUUUGUUGAUUUGCUGUCUUUGAACGUUCAAAAAGUUGGCUUACUACCUUGAGGAGAUGAGUUAUGUCUUUCCUCAAUUUUGUUGAUAUUUUCAUGCGUUCAUGAUCUUUUACACCUAUGAUCAAAGAGGUCAAGUCUUGUCUUGACCGUUAAAUUUUAGAACUGUGCCAAAUUCAAGCUUGCUGAUGUCUGUCUCUAUUUUGAUAUUCUACCCUGUGACCUCUCAGUGCUCCUAUUAGAAUUUGAGUGCCUUGCAAUGUACUUCAAUCUCAUUGUAUCAUCUCGGGGGUUUUAAAUGGUGAAUGCAGUGGGUAUGGCUUCUGGGUGGUUUUGCCUGGAAUCAUCCGUUCUGACUCUAGCAAUCGCUGCUUCGGCAUUUUCAUUCUACCGGGAACCAACCACAGAGAAGGCCAGGAAGAUGUUUCAUGCCAGCCUUCUAUACCUUCCCAUAUUCAUGGCCGGGAUUCUCCUUCACCGACAAACAGAGAUGUCAACUGAUGAGCUUUCAUCUUCUAUGAGUGCGGAAGUAGAAGAUAGAGAAGACGAGCGAAGCCGAAGCCAUGCAAAGAAGAAGGAACUACUGGAUGGUUCAAAUUUCGGCACACGAGUCCGUGCACCAGUGGCGUAUGCUUCUGUUGCACCUUUCCCUUUCCUUCCGGCUCCUUCAUAUGUUUCGUCAUAGUUUUUUUUCCCGGCAUUUUUUGGCACUUUACUACCUUCAGUCCUUCACGUUGCAGAAAAUCUAGCAAUAAUGUCAUUCUGGGUUGUUGAUCAUUGGAUCAUAUAGUAACUUGUUGUCCCGGUUCUCACAUACUAUGGCGGGAAUGCUCCUGAUUGGACGUCACAUUUUUGUAACUUAAUAACGCAUGAAAAGAAAUG